GACGUGAUUUUAUGUCUUGCUGACAGGAGCAAACAAGUUUGUUGUCUGAUCAAGCCGGCCGACGUGUGUUUAGAUGUGACGCAGGGAUCGCGCGGAUCUAGACACAAUGACGUUCGCUUCCCCAAAAGCUUGGCUGGAAUUACCACCCAAUUUCCUGGAAAUCUCUCUGGUCAUAGCCAGGAUAUAUCUCCUAUCUAUCUCCACCUAGACCCUAAGAUUCUCACUUACGAUUGACUACAAACCUCCGCAAGCUUACUUGCUCACUAAUAGCCGCCAUGGCAAAGUCUCAGGCGCAGCACACAAAUAUGGACGUGGACUACGUGAUCAGCUAUCGGUUCGCGAAAACAGACAAGGCGGCGGCCAUCGCGAACUUUGAAAAACUCGUAGAAGCUCUGGCAUCGGUGGGGCUGCAGACUGAAGUGCGCAAUGGGGAAUCAGGCUCGGUGCUGCUCUUCCUCAGGGUAGCAUCCGACGAACACCUCUUUGGCGAGGUCUAUAGAUCACGCGUUCGUGAUUGGAUUCACGGUGUUCGCGCCGCUGCCCCACCAAAAGAGACUAGGGAAGCUCUUGAAGCCGAGCCACUCUACGAAGCUGAGCGACUUCGCAUCAUUUACCAGCUCAUCACGAAUCCUGUCUCAGAAGGCGGUGCUGGUAUCACACCCAAAGAUGGAGAAUGGGAAAACGUCGAGUCUCUCUUUGCAUUACACGACCAUGCGUACAACAAAGAUUGGAUCAAGAAGUGGACAUCUUCCUACUUCCUUAAGACAGAGGAUCUAGAUGAUAUUCGUAACCGCCUGGGUGAAAAAAUCGCAUUCUACUUUGCCUUCACUCAAAGUUAUUUCACCUUUCUGCUCUUUCCGGCUGCUUUCGGUACUGUGGCCUGGUUGUUCUUUGGCCACUUCUCGGCUAUCUACGGAAUCGUCAACGCACUAUGGUGUCUGGUGUUCACAGAGUACUGGAAACAUCAAGAGGCCGAUUUGGGCGUUCGUUGGGGUGUCCGCAAUGUUUCUAGGAUCGAACAAAAGCGAAAAGACUUUCAGUCUAUGAAGCACAUCACCGACCCAGUCACGGGCGAAACCGUCGGAUUUUUCCCCUCUGCAACGCGGUUGCAGAGGCAGCUUUGGCAAAUACCUUUUGUGAUUGUCGCUGCAUUGCUUCUUGGUACUUUGAUCACGACAUGCUUUGGUAUCGAAGUGUUCAUCUCCGAGGUAUAUGGCGGCCCGUUGAAGUGGCUGUUGGUUUUCAUCCCUACAGGCAUCCUCACUGCUUUCAUGCCAAUCAUCACGAGUAUUUUGAUGAAGAUGGCUACGCAAUUGACCGAGUACGAAAACUAUGAGACUCAGUCGGCCUAUGACACAUCUCUCACCCAGAAGAUCUUUGUCAUCAACUUCAUCACUUCGUACCUUGGUAUCUUCAUCACGGCCUUUGUCUAUGUUCCAUUCGGCAAAAACAUCGUGCCUUACCUCGACGUCUUCAGCGUCGCCGUCCGCCCAUUCGCCGAAAACGAGAAACAACUCGCAGGUCCAAGUGCAGACUGGACAAUCAACCCUGACCGUCUUAGAAAGCAGGUCAUCUACUUCACCGUCACCGCCCAAGUCGUUAAUCUCGGAAUGGAACUAAUCGUCCCCUACCUAAAACGCCGUGGCCUCUCUAAAUACAAAGAAAUGCAAUCUGAACGCGCCGCGAAAAACGGCGGUGGCGCUCCCGACGUUUCGGCCAACGAUCCCCCCGAAGACGCCGCCUUCCUCAAACGCGUCCGCGAAGAGUCUGAACUCGACGUUUACGAUGUAACCACGGACCUCCGCGAAAUGGUCAUGCAAUUCGGCUACCUCUCACUCUUCUCUGUCGUAUGGCCCCUGACCGCCGUGUCCUUCGUCAUAAACGACUGGCUCGAGCUCCGCGCCGACGCUAUCAAAAUCUGCGUCGAAAUGCAACGCCCCACCCCCUGGCGCGCAGAUACCAUCGGCCCCUGGCUCGAUUCCCUCACUUUCCUCACAUGGCUAGGCAGCAUCACCUCCUCGGCACUCGUAUAUCUCUUCUCCAACGACGGUCUCGGUCCCGACGGCCAUCCAGCUUCCAUCGCCCUCUGGGCCCUCCUCCUCUCCAUCCUUCUUUCCGAACACGCCUUCUUCUUCCUCCGCUGGACAAUCCGCAUCGCCAUCAGCAAACUCGAUUCUCCUGGUCUCCAACAAGAACGCCGUGAACGCUUCCUCGUUCGUAAACAGUACUUCGACGAGAAUCUCAGCCAGUUGAAACUUAUGCCCAAGAUGGCAGAUGCUGGGGGCAAAAUUUCGCGCGAGAGCCUUGAGGAAGAUGCUAGGGAGGGCAGUCUGCACCAGACUACGCCUGAGAGCCGGUUUUGGAAUCGCCAGCGCGGGUGGAGGGAGACUGCUGCCGUGGGGAAGGAUUUCAUUGAGCGUCAUCGCGAGGAGAGUACCCCCGUGGAGAAGAAGGAGUUGUAA